AUGAGUUUUUUUUCUCUCUGUCAAACUGUUAUUAUUAUAUUACUCAGCAAUAGACGUUCUUUUUCCAGACAAACUGCUUCCAGACGAGUGGAGAAGAUACAAGAUCUUUGUCCUCAUAUGGAGGUUCAGGGUUAUGUGAAAAAUGUAUCUCCGAAAGGAUGCUUCAUUUUGCUCUCUCGAGGCUUGGAGGCAAAAAUUCUCUUAUCUAAUCUAUCCGAUGGAUAUGUUAAGGAUCCUGAAAAGGAGUUUCCCGUCGGGAAAAUUGUUCGUGGAAGAAUAUUAUCCUUGGAGCCUUUAUCCAAGCGAGUGGAAGUUACCCUGAAGUCUGUGACUGCAAAUGGUGCAUUGAAAGCAAACAGUCAUGAUUUAAAAAGUUUUUCUGCUGGAGAUAUUGUAUCUGGAAGGAUUAAGCGGGUGGAGUCAUUUGGUCUGUUUAUCAUCAUCGAUAAUACGGAUGUGGUUGGGUUGUGUCAUGUGUCAGAAGUUUCGGACGACCCUAUUGAAAACCUUGAAUUUAGCUACCAUGCUGGGGACACGGUGAGAGCAAAAGUAUUAAAGGUGGAUGAAAAAAGACAACGAAUUGCUCUGGGAAUGAAGAGGUCAUACAUUGGAGAAGGCAAUGAGCUUUGUACGAACCUGGAAGAAACUCAUGAAGAUGCUACUGAUGAUGACAAUUUAACCAAGUUCGAGAAUAUGGAUGAUGAAUUUGACAAUAUUGAACCUGAACGACCACUUAGGCUAGCAGAAUCAAGGGCUUUUGUCCCUCCACUUGAGGUCACUCUUGAUGAUAUAGACGCAACUGACAUGGAUAACUUACAGUCCGAAAAUAAAGAGCUGAUCAGUGGUACAGUCUCUAAGGAGAAAAAUGAUAGACGAGAGAAGAAAAAGGCCAAAGAAGAAAGGGAAAAGGAGGUGAGGGAUGCAGAGGAAAGAUUAUUGCAGAACAAUAUGCCAACUACUCCUGAUGAAUUUGAAAAAUUGGUUAGAAGCUCUCCUAAUAGCAGUUUUGUUUGGAUAAAGUAUAUGGCAUUCAUGCUCUCUUUGGCUGAUGUAGAGAAAGCCCGCUCAAUAGCUGAGAGGGCUUUGAGGACAAUCAAUAUUCGGGAAGAGAACGAGAAGCUCAAUGUGUGGUUGGCUUACUUUAAUCUUGAAAGUGAAUAUGGAAAUCCUCCAGAGGAUGCUGUUGCUAAAAUUUUUCAACGAGCGUUGCAGUGUAAUGAUCCUAAGAAGGUUCAUUUAGCUUUGCUGGGAAUGUAUGAGAGGACCGAGCAACAUAAGUUGGCUGAUGAGCUCCUCGACAAAAUGAUCAAGAGGUUCAAGCAUUCCUGCAAGGUUUGGUUGAAGCGGAUGCAAAGUUUAUUAAAGAAUGGACAAGAUGAUGUUCAAUCAGUCGUAAACCGUGCCCUACUAAGCCUUCCACGGCGUAAGCACAUUAAGUUUAUCUCACAAACAGCUAUCCUUGAAUUCAAGUGUGGUGUGGCAGAUCGAGGUCGGUCGAUGUUUGAAGGAAUUCUUCGAGAGUAUCCAAAGAGAACAGACUUGUGGAGCGUCUAUCUUGAUCAAGAAAUUCGACUCGGUGAUGCAGACAUGAUUCGUGCUCUGUUCGAGAGGGCAAUUAGUUUAUCUCUUGCUCCCAAGAAGAUGAAGUUCUUAUUUAAAAAGUAUUUGGAAUACGAAAAGUCUGUUGGUGAUGAAGAACGAAUCGAAUCGGUGAAGCAAAAGGCAUUGGAAUACGUCGAGAGUACACUGGCCUAAUGAGUAACAGCUAUCUGGAGUUGAUACUGAUCAAGUAAAUCAGUUCUCUUCAAGCAUGAUGAAUUCCACCAGCUGCACGGAAGGUAAAUUGCAAAAGCAUAGCAUCCAAGAACUGUACGGGCUAACUAGCGUCGUUUUUUAACUACGAACUCGACCACCCCCACAUUUUUGUUAGCUGUGAAGUGAAGGGGUUUGUAUAAGUUAAAUUUCCAGAGAGUUGUUAGUGUUAGUAAUCAGAGCAAGUAAGACUGUAUUCUCCCCAUUCCAAUUUUGUAUCAUAUUCAGUUUCUUUUUGUAUCAGAUUGUCUCAUAUAUUCUAAAUUGGUAUGAUUUAUAAGCCUGAAAGCCCUAUAGCAAUUUGUUUAUUCAACUUUUUA